AUGGGUGUCCUCCGGGAUCAUCACUAUUAUGACACAGACAUGAUGGAGAGACCCGACGGGGUCGUUUACGCUUAUGACUGCGUAUUCCGACGGGAUUAUCAGUCUGACAUUGACAUUGACAUAGACAUGAUUUCAUCUUUCCAUUUCUCUCAUCUCUCUCGUUUCUGGCAAAUACCCUGCUCACAUCGUCGAAACCCGAAAUGUCAUCUCACAAGACUUUUAGAAUCAAGAAGACACAAUAAUUUUAGAAUCAAGAAGAAGCUUGCAAAGAAGAUGAGACAGAAUAGGCCGAUCAUGCACUGGUUCUGCUUAAGAAAGAACAAUAUGAUUAGAUACAACGCAAAGCGCAGGCAUUGGCAUCACACCAAGCUAGGGUUCUAAGGUUCUUUUGAUUCCUAACUUCAAUGUUCAUUUACCUUGAUUUUGUUAAGUUUCAAGCUAGGGUUCUGAGGCGUCGCACCAAUUUACUUUUGUUUAAUCAUCCUCACAUCAAGAUUGAAGUGCUUUGGAAUAGAGUGAAUUUACCAUCAGAAAAUACUAAUAGGUGACUUUAUUUCAAAAAAUAAGACGUGAUCUUUAAAAUUUUAAC